GCUUGUUUCGUCGAAAAUCAUCCGCAACAAACAAACUCAACAAUCCGAGGGUUAUGGUUUUAUUGAGUUUGCAACAAGGGCAGCUGCAGAACAUGUUCUUCAGGCAUAUAAUGGUCAGUUGAUGCCUAAUAUUGAGCAAACUUUCAGGCUAAAUUGGGCCGCAGCUGGUGAGAAGCGAGGAGAUGAUGGUCCUGACUAUACUAUAUUUGUCGGAGAUUUGGCUGCAGAUGUCACAGAUUACUUGUUGCAGGAGACGUUCAAAAGUCUCUAUCCUUCUGUGAAGGGAGCUAAAAUAGUUACCGAUAGGAAUACUGGCCACUCCAAAGGCUAUGGUUUUGUUAGAUUUGGAGAUUUAAGUGAGCAGACACGUGCUAUGACUGAAAUGGACGGGAUGUACUGUUCUUCAAGGGCAAUGCGGAUAGGCCCAGCUACAACCAAAAAAAGUAUGGGCGCUCAGCAAAAUCCCACCAAGGCUUCUUACCCGAGUACACAAGGAAAUGACUCCGAGAAUGAUCCAAAUAAUACAACUAUAUUUGUUGGUGGGCUGGACCCUAAUGUUACAGAUGAUGUUUUGCGUCAGGUUUUUAGCGCUCAUGGGGAUUUGGUGCAUGUAAAAAUACCUGUAGGCAAGCGCUGCGGGUUUGUUCAGUUUGCUAAUAGAGCUUGUGCCCAGGAGGCCUUAGAUAAGUUGAACGGCACUUUGUUAGGCGGUCAAAACAUUCGGCUGUCAUGGGGUCGUAGUCCGAACAAACAGUCACAACAGGAUCAGAGCCAGUGGAACAAUAACUAUUAUGGGUAUAAUCAAGGCUAUGAUGCAUAUGGGUACCAACAACCACAAGAUCCAAACAUGUAUGCUUAUGCAGCAUAUCAAGGAUAUGGGAACUAUCAGCAACAACAGUGAUUGUUCUGUUGGCUCUCUAGAAAGACUGGCUCCUCACUUGAAAGGCAUCACCAUUGGCUCGUUGGGUGGUGAACCUUGAGAAAGGAAUUUCUUGUAACUUAGCGGUUGUGACUUUUUGUCCGGUCAACUGCUGAGACUCAACAAGUUUCUGAGAGAACCAGCUCUCUGGAUUUGGGUGGCAUUUCAUCCCGAAUCACAAUUCAAAGGGUUGAUGAAGUCUUUGUUUUCUUCUUGUUUGAGACUGCUUGAACUUCACUUGAGGGAAUCUAUUUUAUCUAUGAUUAUUGUGCUUGUAGUGACCCAUCCAGUAGAGUUUGCUAUGCUGAGUAACAGUUUUAUUUCUUGGAUGUUUCUUGUAAUUUUGUUAAAAUUUGCUUUCCAAAUACUGUGGUUAGCUAUUUUACGUUGUUCUUCUAAAACGCUUAUAUUCCAGAAAGAGGAAGUCAUCCAGGACU